AUGUAUAGCCAUGAUGCAGGGGAGGAGUAUCCUGAUGUCAAUUGGGAUGACCUCAAAUUUGGGGUAAUUCCAACUGAUUACAUGCACACCAUGAAAUGUUCCAAAGCCAAAGGAGAUGACUUUUCACAAGGAUAUCUCACUCCCUAUGGAAACAUUGAGCUCAACCCAUCUGCUGGAAUCUUGAACUAUGGACAGAGAGAUUGUGCAUGCCCAUCUCCUUCUACUCAACCAUUCAUUGAUGCUAUAAAGCAAACAGUCCUAGCCAACAAGCGUUGGCUAUUGACAUUUUCACUUCGGACCCUGCACUUCUGGGAUUUACAAUUCGACUACUUGGUACCACCUCUAGGGAAAGGAACACUUUAUCUUAGGCCGCUGCUCAUGGGAAGUGGAUCUGUUCUUGGUAUGGGGCUGGCCCCAGAGUAUACAUUCCUAAUAUUUGCUUCUCCAGUUGGAAAUUAUCACAAGAGCAGGGCAGCCCUCAACUUGUAUGUUGAGGAUACUGGAGGUGUCAAGUCUAUCACCAGUUUACCUAGCACAAAAGACAGGGCCGAAGGGUACUCUGAUGUCUUACGCCUGGAUUCUGGCAAUGUUACUUCAACUCCAGCAAUAUAUGGAACUGUUCUUCCUGGAAUUACUCGUAAAAGCAUCAUCGACAUUGCCCUUGAUUUUGGUUACCAGGAACGCGUAAUCCCAGUGGAGGAUUUGCUUGAAGCUGAUGAAGCUUUUCUGCACAGGAACUGCCGUGGUUGUCAUUGGUGCUGUAACUUAUCAAGGCAAAAGGAAAAAGAGCAUUAUCUCAGAAACUAUAUGAAAUUCACCAGAAUCCAAACAGGUCGACUGGAGGACAAGAAGGGAUGGACCAUGGAGAUCUACUAG